AUGAUUACAGCCCUCCUCCGGAUUCCCCUGGCCUUUGUCGCCAUGCUCGGGUUCCAAAAAGCGACGACACCUCCACACGAUCCGCCAUCCACAAACGAGGGUGCGCCAUCGACGAGUUUGGAGGUCGUCCUCAAGCAGAGAGCAGGGCCGCUGCUCGUCAGGAGCGUGUGCUGGGCCGGAGCGUUCGCUGAGUCGGCCGUCAUACUGGCCUCGCACUUUCCAGACUGGGCCAUCUCCUCGUACAUUCUGUCCAGUCUCGCUCCCACUGGACACCCGGAAAGGAUCAGGAAUACAGGUUUAUUCUUUCUAGGCGUCUUCAUGACCAGCCUUGGGGGAUACGUCAGGCUGUCGUGCUAUCGCGCCCUGGGUCGACUCUUCACCUUUGAGAUGAGCAUCCGCAAGAAUCACCAACUCAUCACAGAUGGGCCCUAUGCAGUCGUACGGCACCCCGGGUACUCGGGCAUUCUUUUGACGGUCACUGGCAUUGUUUUUUGGCAUGUAAGCGAGGGUUCCUGGGCACGAGAAUGCGGCAUCUUCUACACCAAGCUGGGGCUGGUGUCAGCCUUGGUGUACUUGGGGCUAGUAUCAACAAUAGUAACCGGAUUGCUGUCGCGCAUGUCAAAGGAGGACGAAGCGCUGAAGAAGACGUUUGGGGCCGAGUGGGAUGACUGGGCCACGAAAGUGCGCUAUAUGCUCAUCCCAGGGGUUUAUUGA